AUGAAUGAAGAAAGGAAGAGGUCAGUCGAAACUUACAUGGGGAAAGUAGUAAAACAAGAUUUAAUGACGUGGGAAGUAAAUUGGCGUAUAGUUUGUCUUAGGAUGGAGUGGAGGAAAGCCAUUAGCAUUGUGGAGAGGGGGAACUCCAAGGCAAUUCCUCUGAGGAAACUGGAAACGAUUGGGAUUGUGAUUAAUCUGUUCCAGGGACAACUCCCCGCUCCACCACGUUCCAGGACUGUGUUCUACUCUGCAGGCAAUAGGUUCAAUGGAGACAUCCCGUCUCUAAUUUGCAAUGCGAGUUCUCUUCUUAUGCUGACAUUGUCUGACAACAACCUUACCGGUAGCAUUCCACAAUGUUUGGCAAAUUUGACCAGUCUAUGGGGAAACAGCAUCUUUAGGGAGAUUCCUUGUUCAGUCUGCGAUCUGAAGAUCGUCCAAUGUAUGCCAUUGUCGGACAACUUCUUCAAUGGUAGAAUUCCUGAGUGUCUAGGAAACAUGAGCUCGCUAUCAGGUUUGGGCUUGAGUAAUAAUCAGUUGGGAGGGCCUCUUCCACCUUCCUUGGUGAACUGUACUUAUCUGACUUCAGUCGGUAUCAGCCCCAACAAGAUAAAUGAUACUUUUCCCUUCUGGAUGGAGAGUCUGCCUAUGUUAGAGAUUCUCAACCAGGACUCAAAAAGGCUUCAAGGACCUUUAGACAAAUUUGUGUCCGAAUUCCCGUUUCCCAGUCUAUUUGAGAUCAACCUUGCUCAUAAAGGUCUCAGUGAUCAUUUGUCAACUAAGCCUUUUCAAAGUGCCAGUCCGAUUCCUGGAGCCUGGACUCGGUUUUACUCACUCUCAAACAACAUGUUUGCGGGAGAAAUAUCUUCUUUGAUCUGCAAUGCAACAAUGAUGAUGGUGGAGGCGAAUCAAUACAGUCCGCAAUAUAUAGGCGCUGAUUUGUAUCAAGAUUUGAUGACGGUCACUAUGAAGGGUUCAAAGAUUGUGUUGGAAAAGAUUUUAACAACCUUCACAACCAUUAAUCUGUCCAAUAACAAAUUCCAAAUGGAGAUUCCGGAUGCCAUCAGAAAGCUCGUCUCCCUUCGAGGCCUGAACCUCUCUGAAAACAACAUCACAGGGCACAUUCCACAAUUGAUCGGCAAUCUUGCCAAACUGGAAUGGCUAGAUCUUUCGACCAACAAGCUCAGUGGAAUGAUUCCUGGAGAAUUGAAGGACCUCACGGCUCUGUCGUUCCUAAACUUCUCAGGAAAUCAACUUUCUGGUCCGAUGCCCCAAGGUAAUCAGUUCAAUACUUUCAAGAAUGACUCUUUUGCCAGUAACUCGGGAUUAUGCGGAUUUCCCCUGUCACAAGCGUUUGACAGACAUGAAAAUCAACCACCACCACGUUCCAUCCCUGAAGGAGAUUUUGAGAAUACAACUAUUUUUGACUGGAAGAUAAUCCUGAUGGGAUAUGGAUGCGGGCUGAUAGGCGGAUUGUCCAUGGGAUACAUUGUCUUCCAAACCAGAAGACCUGAACGGUUUGUUAGAAUGUUCGAGGAGAAGUACUGCAAAAAAGUGAAGAGGCCAAGGAAGAACCCUCCUAGAUUUCAUGGAAGAUGAGACUACUUGUGUGUUGUUCUUAUGAGAGCAUGUGUUUUGGACAGCCAGUCUGUUUUCGUUUUCUGUUCAUUUCCCCUAUUUUCUUCACUGUUUCAAGCGUUUUACGGUUUAUACUCGUGUGUGUUUACGUCAAGAAAUGCAAUCUGAUCUGAAGGAGCUAC